GUAGUAUAGUCACACUUCAGGCAACCAUGGGCAGCGAUGAACAGCCCCCUUGGGCCCCUCUGCCACGGAGCAAUCAGCAGUCCGUCGACCAUGACGACGAAGACGAUGAACAGCUCAGGAUCGCUAUAGCUCUAUCACAGGCAGAAGCGAGAGAAACAAAGAGAGCAAGGAGAGAAGAAACUCCAGAUGACGAGAAACACAUGCUUGCAGAAGCUAUUGCGGCAUCACUGGCUGAAGCUGGACCUUCAGCUAAUCCGGAGGCCACAGUGAGCCAGCAGCCGGUUGCCUCUCUUGCUAUUCCGGUCGUUGCCCCUGUGGUAGAGGUUCCUUCAUCACUCAGGGUAGGAAGUCAAACCUACGAUCGGGCUCAGAUGAAUAAGGAGCGUUUGCAGAGACAAGCUGCACGUGAGAAGAGCGAAGCCGAACAGUCGCGCAGAGAAGGUAUAUCCACAUUCGAACAGACGACCCCUCGACUCCCACAAGCUAGAAAAGCUGCUUCAGCACAAUGGCCUCCUCCUACCGGUGCCCAUCCUUUCCAAGGGACUGCUCCAUUUCCCAGAGAUGCAGCUGGGGAAUAUUAUCUGGAAGGGGAGUUAAGACAUACCGGAAACAUGUGGGCGAGCGAGGGCCCUAUCGGGAAUAUUCGUCAGCCAACAUUUUCUCUCACCCAUGUAGUAGGCGACCAUUCCCAAAUCUCGCUUAUCAUCACAUCAGCAUACUGCAUCGAUGAUUCAUGGUUAAACGAGGCAGGGAUUCUCCCAGAUCCCGUUGAUGUCCCUGUUGUAAUGAUACGCCCGUAUCCCAAGGAUCUUCGCCAUCGUUUGAAUGGAAAAGUUGCAAGCCAAUUGAACGGUGAAGUCUGGUGUUAUCCCGAUAUGAAAGAUAAUUGGGGCACCAUGCACAUGAAAUUCUUUUGGAUCUUUUACAAGACUGGUAGACUUCGUGUAUGUAUCUCAACAGCCAAUCUAGUUCCAUACGACUGGUCCAUGAUCGAAAACUCCGUCUUUGUCCAGGACUUUCUCCCUCUUAAUACCCCAAUACAAGGGUUAUCUGCCGACGCUCCCACCCAUGACCUAGCCCUGCAGUUCCGUACACUUUUCAAACACAUUGGUGUCGAUUCCGCUCUGACGCUCCUAUCAAAGAACCAUCCCCAGGGAAACCGAAUUCCGUUUUCCGGACAGAAUGAUUUUUCAGACUUACGGCGCUGGGAUUGGGGAAAAGUCAGAUUCAGAACAGUGAUCAGUGUAUCUGAGAAGCUCUCGGGGGCUGGUGAUGUGGACCUAUUCGGAAUUGGCCGAUUGGGCCACGUCCUGAAUACUGAGGGAUGGGUGCCUGAUAAAGAGCAGAAAGCGGUUAUUGAGUAUCAGGGGUCUUCAUUGGGCCAGUACAGCCUAAAUUGGCUCCAUAAUUUUUAUUCUUUUUGCACUGGCAAAAAGGUCUCCUCCCUCGUGACUAAUUCUAAACCAUCUUCCUGGCCCCCAAUUAAAAUUAUAUUUCCCUCUCUCAGUACGGUCGACAGUUCAGUAGGAGGGAGAGACGGAGGAGGUACAAUUUUUGCAGGCAAGGGUUGGAAUGCCAAUACGAAGUAUUUGUUUUACGACUCCAACUCGAAAAGGGGAGGUAUCCUCAUGCAUGCCAAGAUGAUGAUAGCUAUAUUCCAUCCUAAAGCCGAAACGCCUUCAUCGCAGACUCCGUCUUCAACCUCUCUCGGCAAGCGGAAAGCCUUGGAACCGGACGAAGUAGAAAACCGAAUAGGAGGGUGGGUAUACGUUGGCAGCCACAACUUUUCGCCAGCUGCUUGGGGUACACUGGACACCAAAAAGAGUCCUGUAACACUCAGUAUAAAAAACUAUGAGUUGGGCAUCGUUUUCCCCUUGUACGGGCAACAAUCCAACGUUGCCGCUGACAAGGUGGCCCCGUAUAAGCGGCCACCGAAAAAGUAUUCCGUAGGAGAUGAACCGUGGGACCAAAAGAAACAUGGAUUUGGCCUCUGAUAAGCGUUAUAAGGAGGAUGACAUAGGAAGUGGUGGGUCGUUGGGUACUAGCAAUGUAUUUCAGACUCUUUGUUUUCUUCGUAAG